AUGUCCUCGUCAACCCGAUCCUCGAAGAAAUCCAGUUCCAGCUCGUCCAAGGUCUCGCGCAAGGCCUCUCCGGAGCAGCAGCCCCUGGUCAACGGCAACGGCAACGCCAGCGCCAAAUCCAGCAGCAAUGGCACCGCCGCCACGGCCGCUUCUACUGCGGUAGCCGAGGAAGAGAAUAUUUUCGUCUUCUAUCCCAACAUUAUUGGCUACGUUCGCAUCGUCCUCGCCAUCGCUUCGCUCUACUACAUGCCGCUCCACCCGCGAACCUGCUCCCUCCUCUACAGCGUCUCCUGUCUCCUCGACGCCCUCGAUGGGUACGCCGCUCGUAUCUUCGACCAGUCGACACGCUUCGGCGCCGUGCUCGACAUGGUCACGGACAGGUGCACGACAUCCUGCCUCCUCAUGUUCCUGGCCUGCGCCUUCCCCCGCUGGACCAUCGUCUUCCAGCUCCUCAUCACCCUCGACUUUGCCAGCCACUACAUGCACAUGUACGCCUCGCUCACCAUGGGCGGCGCCGGCACCAGCCACAAGAAUGUUGAUAAGGAGCGCAACUGGAUGCUGAACCUCUACUACACCAACAAGACCGUCCUCUUCGUCUUCUGCGCCCUCAACGAGCUCUUCUUCAUCGCCUUGUACCUCCUCUCCUUCUCGUCGCCGCUCCUCUCCCCCUCUCUGCUCAAGAGCGUCGGCGAGACGGGUGCCGCCCAGAUCCAGGCCGGUGCCCAGGUCAACACGUCGCUCCUGAGCGCCAUCUUCACGAACCCCUACAGCGCCGCCGCGCUCGAGCUUGCCCGCGCCAACAAGAUGGACUCGUUCUGGCCCUGGGUCCUCACCGGCGUCAGCUUCCCCGUCAUGGCCGCCAAGCAGUUCAUCAACGUCGUCCAGCUCGUCAACGCGAGCAAGUGGCUCGCCGAGGGCGACCUGCAGGUUAGGCGGGAGCAGGGCCUCCCCAAGAAGAAGAAGACGGCUUGA